AUGGCACAACAAUUUGACGUCGCUGUGAUUGGAGCCGGCAUGGCUGGACUCGUUGCAGCCCGAGACCUCAGCCUAAAGGGUCAUUCGGUUGUGCUACUAGAAGCGCGCGAUCGAGUGGGCGGACGAACCUAUCAAUGUAAGGCGUUUGGGGAUGAGUUGGAUUUGGAAUUAGGUGGCGGUUACGCACAUUGGACCCAGCCACAUAUCUGGUACGAGAUGCAGCGCAAUGGAUUGAAGCUGCAGCCGCCCAUGGUGGAGGGCCGGGCCUUCUGGCUGGCUGAUGGCAAGGUGCACACUGGCUCCAACGAGGACUACUAUGGCGUCGUCGGUCCCCUGCUGGGCCAACUAUUUGCCGACGCCCGCGCUCGUUUCCCUAUCCCUGCGGAUCUUAUGACAAUUGACAACUCGGACAUCGAGAAGAAGUCGAUUGAGGAUCGCAUCAACUCGCUGAGUCUCUCGUCCUACUACCGGGACGUGCUAGAGGGUGCCCUAGCUGGCAUCAUCCAUUCCUGUAAAGAGCAGGGAAUCGCGCAGCUUCUGCACGCGGUGGCAACCUACUUCGGUGAAUUUCAUGCCUUCUUUGAGACGGCCGGCACAUGGGCUAUCCAAGGGGGCACGAAGCAAUUGGCCGCCGCAAUCCUGGCCGAGUCUAGGGCCCAACUCCAGUUGUCCACACCCGUGAGCAGUAUCACUGACAGAGGGUCUGGAGUAACAAUCACCACGCGCGCAGGAGAGGAGAUCCAGGCGCGCUCUGCUAUUUUUGCCAUCCCCCUUAACACUCUGGGUGAUGUGAAGAUUACCCCCGAGCUCCCCCCAGCUGCACGCGUCAUCAUUGACCGGAAGAACCCUGUUCUGGCGCACAAGAUCUGGAUCCGUGUCAAAGGCGAAGUUGAACCCUUCUCGAUCUACUCUCCGGCUGGCAAAUCCCCCAUCAACGCGGUGAGAACAGAGAAGCGCCAUGACGGCGAUACCCUGGUUCUGUGCAUGUGCUCUGAUGCAACGUCCGUCGACCCGAAGGACCGCAAUACAAUCCAGGCGGAGCUGCGUCGGUUUAUUCCCGACAUAGAGGUGGUCGAUACGGCAUGCCAUGACUGGGCGGCGGACGAGUUCUCCAAGGGAGGCUGGAUGAUGCACCGACCGGGUAUGCUGACGGGUGCCGCUCGAGAGAUUCGCAAGCUCCAUGGCAACAUUCGUUUUGCUGGUAGCGAUCUCUCCGCCACCGAGCCCGGGUCGAUCGAGGGCGCCCUGGCAAGUGGUGCGGCUGCUGCUCGCGAUAUAUCGGCUGCAUUGACGAAGGCACGUCUGUAG